UCGCCCGCUGUGUCCUCUGUGAUCGCCCGCUGUGUCCGUCUCCCCCGUCGCUCGCAGUGGUUCCUUCCGGUCACGGCCGGAGCAGCGUGGUGCAGCAGCUCAGCGUGGGGAAACGACACGGACGCCGGAGUUUGACACUUUCUGUUUGACACCUUCUUUUUAUUGGAGGAUUGAGGAUCUUUACACUCGACUAGUCCAAACCUGUCACGGGUUCUGGUUCUGCUACAACAUGCCUCAUCGAAAGAAGAAGUCGUUUAUUGACAAGAGGACGGCGGUGACCUUUCACCUCGUCCACAGGAGUCAGAGAGACCCGCUGGCUGCGGAUGAGAAGGCCCCUCAGCACGUCCUCCUGGCCGCCUCCAAGGUUGAAGCGGAGAAGAGGCGCGAGGAGCAGCGGAGGUUCGGCGUCUUCUUUGACGACGACUAUGACUACCUGCAGCACCUGAAGGAGGCGGACGGCUCCUCAGAGCUGGUGGAGGCCGGACCGUCCCACACGGAGGGACAGGCGGUGCACGUCCUCCAUGAGGAGGACAGCGUUCUAGCUGCUACUUCCAUCAAUCUGCCCUCCUCAGUGUUCGCCUCAGAGUUUGAGGAGGACGUGGGUCUUCUGAACAAAGCUGCUCCGAUCUCAGGACCCCGGCUGGACAUGGACCCUGACAUUGUCGCUGCUCUUGAUGAAGACUUCAACUACGAUGACCCAAACAACAUCCUGGAAGACGACUUCAUCAUCAAAGCAAACAGUGCCAGCGGCCCAGUCGACCCAGAAGGCGAUUCUAAUGAAGAUGACGAUGACGAGUGGGAGGACACAGACGAGGAAGUCGACUUCGGGUCCGAGGGGGGGGUUUCCGGUGACGAGGAUGGACGCGGCCUUGGGCCAGAGUUUCUGUUCACGGACGAGGAGACGAAGAGUCGAUUCACAGAGUACUCGAUGACGUCGUCUGUGAUGAGGAGGAACGAGCAGCUCACUCUGCUCGACGAUCGCUUUGAAAAGUUUUACGAACAGUUCGAUGACGAUGAGAUCGGAGCUCUGGACAACGCUGAGCUGGAGGGAUUCAUCGAACCGGACAGCGCUCGGCUGGAAGAAGUCGUCAGAGACUACUUCAAACAGAAGGAGAAGGAGUAUCAGAGGCCUGAGGAUCUGGGCCCCAAGGAGCUUCCUGCUGUGAAUGAGGAAGAUGAGGAGGAGGAGGAAGAGCAGAUGGAAAUAGUUGUCAUGGAGGCUCCAGAGGAGAAGUGGGACUGUGAAACCAUCAUCAGCACCUACUCCAACAUUUACAACAGACCCAAAAUCAUCAAAGAUCCACCAAAGCUGAAGCCGAUUCGUGUGUCGAGCAAGACGGGAAUCCCUUUGGACGUGCUCCCGGCCAUAGGCCUGACCACCAAGCAGGCGGAGCGCAUGGCGAGGAUCAACGACUCGGACCUGCCGCGCGUCUCCACCCAGCCCCGAAACAAGGACGAGCGCCCCGAGGAGAGGAAGGCCAGGAAGCAGGCCAUCAAGGACGAGCGCAAGGAGCGCAGAGCGGAGAAGAAGGCCAACAAGGUGGCGUUCAAAGAAGAGCGAGUGCGACAGGAGAAGCAGCUGCUGAACCUCAGGACAAACGUUCAGGGCCUCAAGCUUUAGACGCGGCCUCGCUGCUCUUCAUGGACGGGACCUUAACUGGACUUAAACUGCUGAGUGGAUUUGAGCAGCUGGUUUUAUGCAUCCGUUCAGGGAAACCACUGACACCAGAGGAAUCCAGACACGCGGCGGAUCAGCCUUCAGCCACAGAUUCACUGUUUGCAGUCACCAACACACAAAUAUUGUUAUUGUCUUUAUUAAAAAAACACUUCAAUGCA